CAGAGAUGCCAUCCAUACCCACAACUUUCAAAAUCUUAGGGUCUGGAGCUGAGUGGGAGCUGAGAUUCACUGUGGGAGGCAGCUGAGUUUUGGAGCUCCCUGAGGAAACACAAAUUUAACAACAUGGAAACUAGGCAUCCAAAGUGAAAAGGCAAACCUGUUUGUGAAGAGUGUAUGCCCCUUUCCUGCAAACUGCAGCUCUGGGCUAGGCAGUGUUGCUGGGAUGAUGACAAUAUUACUCAUAUUUAUCCAGAAUCUUUCAUCCAAGGAUCUCAAAGCAUUUUGCAAAGGCCUCUGCACAUUACAAGGAGAAGGUACCACCACUAGCAGCAGGUCCAGUGAAAAGCAAAACAGCAAGUAGCCUCUCAACUGAAAGAGUCCUUCUGUCCAUACACAUGGCAACGCAUGAUGAUUUCACAGCAGCUAAGUACCGAGCCCCUGUUGCGGUGUAUUGUGGGAGUGUCCCCAAAGUCAAACCCGGAUACAGAUCGCUGCGAGGGGGAAGCAUCGAUUCAAACUUGCAGCUGUAUGGAAGCAGAUGGAUGACAGCAGAUGAAGCCUCUCUUCAGUCUGUACUGAAAGUCCAGAUGAAAAAACAGUCAUGUUUGUGGAGUGGAGAUGGGGGCCUGCCUUAUCCCAGAGCCAUUUCCUCUCUGGAGGGCUUGGACAGCCCCACCUUGAAACAGGAUCCCAAAGAACUGGAGGUGAGCAGUGCAGCCAUGGAAACUGCUCAGAUCAAGGACAAGCUCAUGAAGAGGAGGAUCUCUGAGGGCUUAUUUGCAUCACAUAGAGGCUUGCUUGACUCCAGUGGCCCUAAGGAGGUUGCCUUGAAGCCAGCUGUUUCCAGAUCUGCCUCUCAAAGGCUACUGCUAACUUCCAAGCCCAUGCCUCCCAUUCAGAGCAUCCCUACCUCCCCAGAGGCCAAUGGCACAGAUGAAAGGGAGCAGAAGACCUUGGAGAAUGGCAUGGUCAGCUGGGGCCCUGGUGAGGCCCACACUGAACUGACUCCAACUUCCCAAGAGACUUCCCGGCACUACUUGCAUUGCAAUGAUGAGAAGAUGAGGAAGUCAUUAGGUUCUGCUUUGAUUCCACCUAUUCCCAAAUCAGUGAGACCACCUGAUGGAGACUCUGACAAUUCUCCAAUGCCUCUUUCAAGCUCUCAGCAAUUGGACCGGGCUGCUCUCACUAUACAGGAGUCUGCUGAGAUAAGGUCAAGGCCAGACAGCAAUGCUGAGGAGAAGAUCCUUAAAUCUCUGGGGAAAAAUCUUUAUUUUCACCCUUCUUCAGCUGCUCCCCAAGGGCUGCAAAUUGAGCCGUUUCCCUCACUCAGUAGAUCUGUAUUUCAAGAAAUGUCAUUUCUACAGCAGAUGCAAAAAGCCGGAGUCCCAUCAAUCUGUUGGUGCUGGUAUGCUACUUGCUGCCCUAAUAUAUGCCAGGCCAAGGAGACAGGACCCCUAUCGAGCCCUCAUCUUUUAAAGGGUGAUGAUCGGAAGGAGAACAAUGGAAGGAUCCACGUGACAAUAUCCAAGUCAGCUCAGGAGAAAAUGCGCCAGAAGCAAAUGAAAGAAUUGGAGCUUUUGCAUAGUGAGAGGGAGAAGGAAAAAGAGAGAAAGAAAGAAAGGUCCUUGCAGCUCCAUGAGCAAUUGCAGAACGUUGACGCAGGGGUCAUUGCUCAGGAAGUCCCCACAGGUUUUGACCUGCUUAACACCAAUGGGAUCAUCUCCAUUACACCCAAUGAGACCAAUCCAUGCAGAGCCAGCGUUGGUAUUGCCUUAAAGAAACGGGUCAACAGGCCAUCUCUGCCUAGUAUCCCCAUAAUCAAUCAUGACAGCAGCUUCAUGCGACACUCAUCAGCUAACUCCCUGCCAGCAAACGCUCUGGAUUCUCCAGAGGGGGAGGAGGAGUCUGAAAGUGGGGAAGCCUUGGAGAUGAGACCCUUCUCUCACCCGGAGCAAGGGCUGGUUGAUGCUCUCAAGUGGCUCAAUAGCAAUGACUGGCCACUGAAGGAGAAAGGACUUUUCAGCAUCAAAUGUCUGGCUACCUGCCAUUCAGAAGUCCUCCUUUGUCGACUUCAUGAUGUUUCCUUGGCAGUUACCAGAGAGGUUAGCAACCUCCGCUCAAAGGUGUCUCGCUUUGCUAUCAGCAUCCUUGGCGAGCUCUUCAGGACCAUGAAGAAGCACAUGGACCAGGAGGUUGAGGAGAUUGCCCGGGUCCUGCUCCACAAGACAGGAGAUUCCAGCGAAUUCAUUCAGAAAGCAGCUGAUCGAUCCCUGGGCAUCAUGGUGGGGAGUGUGACUCCCAUGCGAGCAAUGGCUGCCCUCAUGGCCGGUGGAGUAAACCAUCGUAACCCCCCUGUUCGAAAGUGCGCCGCUGAACACUUACUGACUGUCAUGGAACAGAUUGGGGCUGAGAAACUUCUGUCAGGCACCAGAGACAACACAGAACUACUGGUCCAGACUCUGGUGAAGCUUGCUCAAGACUGCAAUCAAGACACUAGGUUUUACGGCCGGAAGAUGCUGAAUGUGCUGAUGCCUCAUCCGAAAUUCGAUGGAUAUUUGAAACAGUCUCUCCCAUCACAUGACUUGCGGAAUGUUAUGGCAACAAUAAAGCAGAAAGGGAUGGAAGACAAUGUAUCUGAACCACCUCCUGCCAAAGGCCGCAGGGAGUCUAGGAACAGCAGCUUGACUACCUCCCAGGACAGUCUGCCUUCCAGUGAAGGGUCCAGAUCAGACACCCUAGCACCAGCACAGCCAGUGGUUCGUCGCUCAUCUCUCCGUAGUGUGGAAGCGAUGGAGCAGCUCAAGGAGCUGAACAAACUCCUGAUGGCCAAGGAGUUUCAGACACGAAUGGAGGGAGUGACACUCCUGGUGGAGCAUUGCAGGAACAACCCCCAGUUGGUCUCCGCAAACAUCAUCCAGAUUUUUGAUGCUUUUGCCCUCAGACUUCAGGACUCCAACAAGAAAGUGAACCAGCACGCGCUAGAGUCAGCUGCCUCCAUAAUCCCUAUCCUCAAAGGUGGCUUACAUCCGGUCGUGGUCUCCAUGGUGACAGUUGUCACUGAUAACUUGAACUCUAAGAAUUCUGGGAUUUAUACUGCAGCAGUGAGGGUGCUGGACACAAUGAUCGCUAAUCUAGAUAAUGCAUUGCUUCUACAAGCAUUUGCCAGCAGAGUGCAUUUCAUCAGUGGUCGAGCCAUGCAGGACAUCACGGAACACCUGUCAGCGCUUGUAUCUUCUGUCUACUCUCGGAAACCCCAGGCUGUGGAACGUCACACCCUGCCUGUUCUCUGGUAUUUCCUGAACAACAUGAUCGGAAAUGGGGUGUUACCUGGUAGGAGUGGGAAUGUCAGGACUGUGGUCUGCAAGCUUGUUAAAAGCCUGUACAAAGAGAUGGGACGCAGCCUAGAGGAUCAUGCUUCCAGCCAACCACAACAUGUGAUAAAAUCUCUCCGGGACCUUUUAGACAUGGAACUCCAGUGAAGGAGGCCCAGUAGCUUCCAGGACAGUUUACAGUGUGGCACUUGAUGGGGUGGAUAAAUGAAGUGGUGGACAUUAUACUGGCAAUGAUUUUAUUCUAUGUUUUUGGAGAAAGGAAUAAGUUUAUAGAUCCAGAUGUAUAUAGUAUAUUAUGAAGUAGAAUUAAACAAAUCGCGUAUUUUUAUAAGGUUUUAUUUCUUCAGCGUUUGUUCCUGAGAGGUUUUACAUAGCUCUUUUAAAAACAAUAAUUAUGUAUAAAUGUUGUGAUUUGUAAUUGUGUAAAAAAGAAAAUAAUGUAUUUAUACAUAGACAUGUUUAGGGAAGGAGAGAUGGGCCUUAGACACAAUGGGGGGGGGUGUGGAUGAUUGGACCCCAGAACCAGGGCUGGCUUCAGGUUUUCUGCCGCCCCAAGUGGUGAGGAAAAAACAAACAAACAAACAACAAACCUAUCAGCGGCACUUUGGUGGCAGCUCAGUCUCGCUGCUCCAUUCUUCAUUGACAGUUUGGCGGCAUGUCCUUCAGUCCCUCUCUUCCCCUUCAGUGGCAGCUCAAAGAGGAAGAGAAGGACUGAAAGACUCGCUAUCAAAUUCUUGCUGAAGACCUGGACGGGCCACCCCAGUAACGGACGGAGUGCCGCCCCUUUGUAUUGGCUGCCCCAAGCACCUGCUUCCUUAACUGGUGCCUGGAGCUGGCCCUGCCUAGAAAGAGAGAGUGAGAGGCAAACGCUCCAGGCUGAGAAAAUAAACUGAGUGAGGAAGAGAGAAAUAUGCCGCCCCCAAGACACAAAGGGUACGUCUACAUUGGAGCGGGGAGAUUUGCACUAGUGGGGCGCAAGCUAGCAUGCUAAAAAUAGCAGUGUGGACCUUGCAGCUCAGGCUGGGGCUUGGGAUCUGAAGCCUACCUGUCCCUAUAGGCUUGAGAGUCCAAGCUGCUAUCCAAGCCGCAAUGUCAACACUGCUAUUUUUAACAUACUUGUUAGAGUGCCACUAGCAUGAGUUUGCUUACCCAGGCUGAGAGGCUUACUCCUAGUCAUAGUGUAGAUAUAUCAACAAGAGCCUGUGGGAAAAGGGGUAAAGGAGAGAAGUGGGGCCCUGGAAGCAGAAAAAGUGACCUAAGUGUAUAUCCAUUUCUGAAAAAUUGAACACUUCUACACAUAUUCACACAACCCUGAAAGGCAGAGGGAAAGAAAGAAGAAGGGAUAUAUAAGAUUCUGAACACAGGCAGAGUGAGGCACAUGGGGCCCAUGAGAGCAGAAAAAUAGAAGGACCUUGAAAAUGGGGCCUUGUCCAUUAAGUCAGAAGGCCAAAGAGCAGCACAGAAGGACCCAGCCAAAGAGGCCCAUGAGUCUGAGAAUUUUAAAUUUACGUCUUUAUUUUUUCAUACCUGAAGCUAUAUAGUAGUCUAACUUGUUGCAUUCUCUAUUAUCUUUCUGUGAAUUCCCCGCCAUCCCCCAUCACCAAGGUCUUUUAUUACAGUAAAGAAUGGUGAAAUGAUUCAAACCUUCUGAAAUGUUUUUAGAUUAACUUAGAACGGCAUAGGUAAUGUAGUGUAAAUGUAAUGUUCUAGAGCACCAGGAACUCAGAAUCAUCUGGAACAUUCUAGUGCACCCUCUGAGCCAGGAACCUAGUUCUGAAACAUUGCAAAGUGCCCUGGAACUUGCCACCUUUAGAAAACUUCUAACAGCAUCCAGGAACUUGGUAUCUGUGCAGGUGUUCUACAAUGCCUCGAAACUUGGGACUUUGGAAGAUUUUUCUAAAAACCAGGUGAAAAUGGUAUAGCCUUAGUGUGAUGUGGAAUUGUUCUUUGGAGAAGGAGCAAGGCACUGCCGAAAACACCAUAUGCCAAAAUGUUGAACUGAGGCUUCUGUGGGGAGUGAUACUGUUAAAAAAUGACCGGAGUUAAAUAAGAAAAGCCUUGCAUUACAUUUACUCCUUCAAGCAACUUGAGCUUGCUCACUACCCAGAGCUUACUUUAAAGUUUUUGGAUUUUUUUUAGGGGUAGCAUCUUCUGAGAUCCCUGGUUUCUCCCUCCCUCAAUCUCAAAGUCCUCUCUCCUCCCAGUUCCCCUCCCUUUAGGCACACCUCCCUCUAGAGCCCUUUGCUGCUGAAUAAAUAUUCUUUCUUUUAGCUUCUUCUUCAGCUUCUCUCUAGCGCCUGGGGAUACAGUAGGAAGUUUUUGUACUUAGGAGAAAAGAGGCUUUUGUGUAUAGCAAAAGAACCCCUCUCUCCUCCCCAGUCUGUUUUAUUUGUUCAGUUGUAGGGUUCAUGGAGUCAAAUUAAAAGGUAGCUUAUGUAACCACCUCUUAAGCUGCUACUGGCCUGGAGUGUUGCUCAUGUGUAUAUUGUUUCACAGGA